CUAGGGAGUGAUACUUCGGGCUCCUGCAGUAGCGGAAGACUUGAGUCUCAUCUUGAAAGGUGGAGUUGAGCAUUUGCAGAGGCUGUCGGACGGAAAAAGACUUUCCUCUCUCACUGACAGCCUCCACCAUGAUUCACAGCCUUUUCUUGAUCAACUCCUCUGGAGAUAUUUUCCUGGAGAAACACUGGAAGAGUGUGGUCAGCCGUUCUGUUUGCGAUUACUUUUUCGAGGCACAAGAGCGAGCAACUGAGGCUGAAAAUGUUCCUCCAGUUAUCUCCACCCCUCACCACUAUCUCCUAAGUGUUUACCGUCACAAGAUCUUUUUUGUGGCUGUGAUCCAGACGGAGGUGCCACCUCUGUUUGUCAUUGAGUUCCUUCACCGAGUAGUGGACACAUUUCAGGAUUAUUUUGGAGUCUGUUCAGAGCCAGUGAUAAAAGACAAUGUGGUUGUGGUUUAUGAGGUAUUGGAAGAGAUGCUUGACAACGGGUUUCCAUUGGCUACCGAGUCGAACAUCCUCAAAGAACUGAUAAAGCCGCCCACUAUCCUUCGAACCGUUGUCAACACCAUCACAGGAAGCACCAAUGUGGGUGACCAGCUUCCCACCGGGCAGCUGUCCGUGGUGCCUUGGCGACGGACUGGGGUGAAAUACACCAACAAUGAGGCCUAUUUUGAUGUGAUUGAAGAGAUUGAUGCCAUCAUUGAUAAAUCAGGGUCCACAGUCACUGCCGAGAUCCAGGGGGUUAUUGAUGCCUGCGUCAAGCUGACCGGAAUGCCCGACCUUACGCUUUCCUUCGUGAACCCCAGGCUGCUGGAUGAUGUCAGCUUCCACCCCUGCGUCCGCUUCAAGCGCUGGGAGUCCGAGCGCAUGCUCUCCUUCAUCCCUCCCGACGGCAACUUCCACCUGCUCUCGUACCACGUCAGUGCACAGAACCUGGUGGCGAUUCCAGUUUAUGUCAAACAUAACAUCAGCUUCCGGGACAGUAGUUCUCUUGGCCGCUUUGAAAUAACGGUGGGCCCUAAGCAGACUAUGGGGAAGACCAUCGAGGGGGUGACGGUCAGCAGCCAGAUGCCCAGAGGCGUCCUGAGCAUGAACCUCACGCCGUCUCAGGGCACGCACACGUUUGACCCGGUCACCAAGAUGCUGUCUUGGGAUGUAGGAAAAAUAAAUCCCCAAAAGCUCCCCAGUUUGAAGGGGACCAUGAGUCUUCAGGCUGGAGCUUCCAAACCCGAUGAGAACCCCACGAUUAACCUGCAGUUUAAGAUCCAGCAGCUGGCCAUUUCUGGACUCAAAGUGAAUCGUCUGGAUAUGUAUGGAGAGAAGUACAAACCCUUUAAGGGCAUAAAAUACAUGACCAAAGCUGGCAAGUUCCAAGUUCGAACCUGAAGGGAGAGUUCUGCAAAGGGAACAGUCAUGAACACUUUUUCAUUGCUUACUUGUCUAAAAGUAAAAACUGUCAGCCCUUUCCUAGGUCACUGCCCACUCUGGACCACCUGCUCCUGUUUUCCCUUAGCUUCAGUGCCCCGGAGCUAACGAAGGGAGGCCGGGCCGUCAGGGAGGCUUGCGCGGAACCCACACACCAGCAGCACCAAGUCAGUUCUCAAAGCAGAGGCGUGCGUUGCAGGGGGAGGUACUUGAUGCCGUAUGUAACUACUUGUGACAUGGUUACCACAGGAAAAGACCAGCAUUUGUUACUCGCUUGGCUUUAAUUAUCUGAAGCUAAGGAAAAACUUCUUUAGUUUUGUUUGUUUUUU